UUUAUGCAACGAGAAAGUGAGCUGAAAUUAGAAGGAUGGAAAUUCAUUUAUACUGAUGGAUCCAAAAGCGAUCAAAAUACUGCAUACGCAGUGGUAUCCGAGAACUCAAAAAUCAUCACAAAAGGUCUACUUUUACCUCCAUGUUCUGUUUUUACCGCUGAAGCAUAUGCCAUAAAAGUUGCAACCCAAUGGAUCAUGUCUUCGAAAGGUAAAUAUGUCAUCUGUACGGAUAGUCUUUCCACAAUAUCUGCUGUACAAAACCCAACCAACAGCAAUACUAUAAUUAAAGAAAUUCGGGACAAUUUGAUUGAAGGUAAAAGAAAGAUUAAACUGAUGUGGGUACCAGGUCACUGUGACAUAAAGGGCAAUGAACUCCCCGACAAAGAAGCAAAAAACACCAUACGUUGCCCGUGUAUUUAUGUUAAAACUUAUGAAAACAAAGAUAUUUCAAAGUUUAUUAAAAAGUAUACGUAUAUUCAACUAAAGGUUGCCUGGUCUACAUAUAUCAACCAUUAUCGACUCACAAAUCCUGAGCGCACUAAAGCAGUAUACCCUUCUUCCUGCAGCAUACCGGAAAUUAAAAUUUUCAUUCGACUCCGUUUAGGACAUUGUAUUUUUACACACCAGCAUAUUCUGGAACGCAAUACAACAACACCUGGAUGUCGACUUUGUAAUAGUUCUACGAAUUCUAUAGAACACUUAUUAAACCACUGUCCUGCUCUAUGCAAUAUUAGACGGGAAUUCUCUUACCCCAUAUCCAAACUUCUUAAAGAACCGUCAACUACCAACAUAAAAACAAUAUACAAUUUCAUCUCCAAAGCCCAAUUAAAACAUCUAAUCUAAAUCGAAUUAAUUACUCACUAUACAAAUACCUUUAUAUUAAUAAA